AUGAAAGCGCCUACACUCGAGAAGAUGAUUCAUCGCAUGAUUGACCUCGUUGAGCCAGUCCAACCAGUUACCAUGACGCAACAGAUUGAACGCGGCCGCACCUUUUCCAACUUCCCAUCAGCGCUGUACUGUACCGACGUCAAGUUCCAGCCCUCUUACCGCCCCACUGGACGAUUUGAUGAAGCCAAACACUAUUACUCCGGCAAGCACAAGCUUUAUGGCUUGAAGCUUGAAUACUCUGUGGCGUAUCCUGGUGUGGCUGUCGACUUGUCCAAGCAUACGGAAUUCGUUGAGCCCGUCUUGUACGGCCACUACGUCCAACCACUUACCAUGACGCAACAGAUUGAACGCGGUCGCACCUUUUCCAACUUCCCAUCAGCGCUGUACUGUACCGACGUCUAG